GGCAGUUACCCGUUACCGUUAGAAAAGUAGCUUAGCUUUGAUUUUGAUUUAGUUUGAAACUGGAAGAUGCGGUAGUUUGUUUGUUAUGUGUAGUUUGACUUCGCGUUUUCAUUCGACAUUUCAUUUAUUUAAACCGUGAUUGAUUUUAUAGUUACGUUUAUUGUUAUUUGAGCUUAUUGAAUUCGUCCAAAAUAGGCGUACAAGGAGUAGACCAAUGCAAGGAUACAUUGUGGUGAUUACCCGCAAUGGGUCCUUGGGAGGAAGGUAUCCUGUGACUUCUACUGAGUGUGUGUUUGGUCAUAGCAUCACCUGUGAUGUUAGAGUGUUUGUGGCUAAUGUUGCCAGGAAACACUGUGUGAUCACUGCCGAGUCUGGGAAACCGGCUUACAUCCGCAACUUCUCACCCAGCAACACUACUCUAGUAAAUGGUAACUCUAUUGAAGCUAACCAAUACGAGCUCAAACAUGCUGACAUCAUAACUGUUGGAGACAGGCACUUCCGUUGGGAAUAUCCCAUUUCUUCUAAACCCUUGAAUACGCCAAAGUCGGCGAAGAAAGGAAACAGUGAAGGCCAAAUGAGUAUGGUACAGAUGCCCAUGGCCGUCUACAAGAAUCGCCACUCUUCUUUUGGUUCUGAAAACUCCAGAGUAAACAGGAUGAUUUCAAUGGCAUCUCAGGGCGAGAAAGAACCUAACCCUAAAAGGAGAAAGACAAUUCAUAAUGUAACUGACUUGAGUGUUGAGAACAAUUCAACAAAACCAGUGAACAAAAGGCUUCUAGCCGUUACCCAGCCUGCCAGCAGUCCGAAAAGCUUCAAUACGUUCAAAGUUCUACUCAAAUCUGCCAACAAAAGAAAAUCAAUCAGAACAAUUUCAAAAACUCCAAAACCACCUAAGAAGAUAAUUUCAACAAAAAUUAGACGAGCAAAAUCACUCUCACCUUCAAAGCAAAUAUCUCCAAAAAAGAUGUCUAAGGAAUUUGAUUCAAAAAGUGGGUUUGUUAGUAAAUCAUCACAAAAAGAUGUAAUUUCAAAGGAAGAAAAGAAACAGAACUCACCACAAAAUAUAUCUAAUAAUAGUCCUUUGGUUGACCUGUCAUCAUUACAUGAAAACUUCACUCCCAAAAAAGUUUAUGUAGUUAAAUCUCCAAAGGGAACAAAAAGUCCUUCUCCUAAGCAAAGAAUUGGUACUAAAAGGAAAUCAACAUUAGCAACUCCAUUAAAAAUAAAAACUCCAAAAUUGAGAAAUUCUCCAAAAUCUUUGCAGAAGAAGACUUUAAGCACACCAGAAACUAAAAGAAAAAGUUUGAAACUGAGGACUCCUACACCAGAUAAGAACUCAGGUGUAGCUAAACGUAAUACACCGAAGUUGGCAGCUAGUGCUGGCAAUACCAGAAAAUCGAACACACUAUUGAAAAAUAAAUCACCUAGACAAACUCCCAAAACAUUGAUGAACAAAUCACAAACUUCAAAUAAAGGCUCACCUGGGAAGAGGACACCUGAAACAUCAUCAAAACCUUCUCCACAUGAACCUCCUCUUUCUUCCCCCAAAACAAGUGUAAAUACACCUUUUAAAAAAUUAAGAGGAAAAGCUUCACUUACAUUUUCUUCUAAACAAAUUUAUAGUCCUGAAAAAUCGCCUCAUAACAGUCAACCUAUGAAAGCUAAGGUAUCUGGUACAUUUCCUCAAACUCCAAAAGAGAUAUCUUCACCAAGAAAACCUAACUCUGCACAAAAGUCUUUCUCACCUAAAGGAUUAGAUAGGAAUACUCCUACAAAAAACAAAUCACCUGCCAAAAUAACUGGACAUGAAUCUCCAGUGGAGAAGGUAACUCCAUUAAGUAAUUCCUUUUCUCUAACGCCUCAAACACCAAAAAUGAAAAAAGGAAACAUUAAUUCUUCAAAGAAGUUCGUCUCUCCAGACAAAUCUCCUCCACUCACUAGAUCAAGCAAGAGAUUCAAUAUUUCUCUUUCAAGGUCUCAUUCACAAUCUAGUAAACACACUCCAAAAGAAUCUCGUAACAAUUCUUUACAAAAUAAAACCCCUAUUCUCACAUCUCCAAAAAAUGUGAUGAAUGAAACAUCAGGAAGAACACCUAAAAGUAGAUCUGAGUCUAUUAAAGAACAUUCUUUCACAAAAUCAGGAACUUCUUCAAAUAUGUCCAGAGACAGUUCUCUUGUAGAAGUGUCUUUUUCAAGAAAAAAUCUGUCCAAAACUCCCACUCAAGAAUUUUUGAGUAUUAAUUUGACAGUUAAAGAUGAAAAGCCUGAUACUACCCGCAGAAGAAAAUCAAAAACCUCUAGAGAAGAAGUUUCUGUUUCGAAUAUUUCCAAUUCUCCAUUGACUCCUACAUCUCGUAAUUGUCCUAUAAAGGAUAGCAGUCCAGCUACAACACUUUCAAUAACACCAAAAAUUGACAGUUUUCCAAUCCAGGAAAUAUCACUUGGGCAUACCCCUAAGCAAACUAUGGAAGUGGGAACUCAUGAAAAUACUUCUAAGAUUUUUGAAGAGGACAUAUCUUCUUCAAUAUCAUUUACAAGUAAAUCUCUAACUCCAAAGUCUAGAAACAUCUCUCCAGCAAAUCUGAGAACUCCUAAUAGUUCUGAAACUAACAGCCAUACACCUAAAAUGUCAAUAACACAAGAAAAGAGAAAAUCAAAAAAUUUAGAUAGCUCAGUUUUGGAUUAUAAAACAGAUAUCAAUAUUACUGAUAAUGGUAAUGAAAACGUAGAAAAUUAUUUUUCUAAAACCAUCUUUUCAUCAAGAACAAAUUCACCAAUUAAUGAUGUUUCAGUUGUAACACCAGUUUCAAAUGGAGUACGACCUAAUAAAGCCUCUACAUUACGGAAAUCAUUUACAGCUUCUCUUUUGUCAAAAACUGCAGAUGAAGCUCUGGAAGGAGAAAAUCCUGCAGUGAGAAAUGCUCGAAGGUCAGCAUUGCGAAGUGGGCUUUCAUCUUCGAGAAAAUUUGACACUUCAGUCACUGAAAAUUCAUCGUUAAAGUCAUCAAUGAAGAAAUCAGAUUUAACCAAGUUGCAAAAUAGUACAAAGAGAAAAUUUGAAACCGACUUUGAAGCAAGAGCUGAAAGGGCUGCUAAGAGAUUGAAAAUGGAAACACCUAGGUCUCUUAGUAAAAAUAAAGUAGCAGCUCUCUUAGUUUGCCAUGGGCGGUCUCCCAAAAAUAUACAGAGAAAACCACUUUUCUCAGAAGUUUUGAAAUCUCACUUAUCUGCAGCAAAACAAAAGAAGUCAGUAAUUGUUAAAUCUGCUGUUGUGGUAAAGAAGCAAAGUAAGCAGAAGGUUCUGGAACCGGCCCUGGAGGUGCCUAAAACCUUUAAUUUCAACUCUACUGGACAUGCUAAUUCUCCAGAAACCAUUGUUAUAACAAAAAAAGUGAAGAAGACACCAGUACUAAAAACACGUAAAGGACGAAAAUCAGGAGAUAAUAUUUCUUUACGAUCAGGCAGAACACAGAAUUUGGAAGGUGUUCAGGAAUUAUUUCAAACUCCUUCAAAACUAAUAGUAUCAUCUUUGAAAACUGCCACAAGUAUAAAGAAACCCCAAAAUGUAAGAGUUCGGUUUUCAUUGCAAAAUGAUGUUCAAAGUCCAUCAGGAAGAAGAAGCUUGGCUAUGCAACAAGAGGAAGUUUUUCACUUUGGAUCUCCUGUUGCACCACCAAUGCGCUAUAUUGGUACACCAAGGCCUCCUAAAAUCAGUGAACAUUCGCUUUUGCAUACAAGCAUUGCAGAAGAGUCACCUCUUGCCCAAGAAAUGUGUACAACAGAAGAAUUUAAUUUAAAUUCAUCUAAAAGAAAAUCAAAGAGAAGUUCAUUAGCAUCACUUAAUGAAUCAAAAAAAUCAUUAGACUUCAGUCUUUACUCCCCUUCAUCACCAACUCUCCAGUUUUCUCAAAUAUCUGGUAUUUCAAAUUUUGCAAGAAAAUCAAUUGAUUUUAGUGACUUUUCACCUGAAUCUGAAAGUAUUAAAAGUACCCCGAAACUUAAACCAUCUAUGCCUUCAUUGGAUGAUUCUGUCGCUCAGUCAUCAUCACAUAGAAGAUUUUCAUUUGCUAGUUCAGUUGUUACUAAGUCUCCGAUAGGAGAAUUCGAUCCAAGUCCCAAUAAAAGUGCUACACUUUCUAGAAGUGAUCUUUUUGGAUCAAGCCCAGAUGAUACCAGAGUGAGUCGGUCUUCAAGAGGUUUGAAGAAGUUUUGUAAUGAUAAUUCUAUCAACACAUCGGGGGUACUAAGAUUUUCUCCAAAUAACAGUGAAAUAUCCACUAGAUCUUCUAAAAAUAUUUCACAGAUUGAAGUUUUGAAUGUUUCUCAAAUACCACUUCCAUCUUCCCCUUUUAAUUCCAAACACAGUCCUUCUGUUAAGGCUUCAACUAACUCACCACACUCAAAGUCAAGUGAAAGUAUGCGCUCAACAAGAUCUACUCAUUCAAUAGGAAAUUUUUCAUUGAUUUCAGAAACACCAAAGUCUCAAGCAAGUGUUCAAAAGAAAAGGUCAAGAUCAUCAACUUUAAAUGAUACAUAUAGCGAAAAAUCACCUGAUUCAUCAAACUCUAGUAAAGUUGGUCAAAAUAGCAACAUUUUACAAUCUAUCUCAUCACAUGUUAUUGACAGUACAGAAGUAUCAAAGAGGAUUUCAAGCACUCCAAAAUUCCAGUCUUCAACAAGUAUUUACUCUCCUGUAAGUUCACCCAUAUUGAGUUCUAGUAGACGGUCCCUCAGAAAUCAAAGUUUGGUGAGUGUAAAUGAACAUUUCAGUGAUGUUAGUGACUCAAAAAUACUGGAUGAAUCUACUAUAAACUCAGAUUUAAUUAUGGAGGGUGUCUGUUUCAAAACACCUUUAUCAACUCCUGGAAAGAGAACAAGAAAAAGAAGUGCUCGCAUGUAUGCUUCUAAUUCACUAGAGACCAUACAUACUUCAAAUAACCAACUCCCCAUUGCAGCAGUAAAACCAUCUGCAAGGAAGAAUCAAGAUAAUGAAUCUGCAUCUUCUAUUGCAGAGUCAGUAUCUCUCCCAGACUUGGAUAUCAUUAAUGAUGUUAGUGGAAGGAGUUUGGAUAGAAGUCUUGCUCAAAAAAUUUUGGAUUCAAGAGUGAGUAGUGGUUUCGACCAACCAACUGGAAGUGAUCAGCCAAGCAUGAACUCAAACUCACCUUUGGAACAAACUAAUCUCAGUGGUAGCAUAAGAAGAAAACGUAAAUCUUUAGCUUCUACUAGUAGACAAACUUUAGAUACAACUAGUUUUGAUUUUAAUUCUGCUGUAACUCCAAUAGUACCAAAAGAAAUGUUCGUUUCUCCACUUGAAAAAGAGCAAGAUGGACUAGUUGAUCUUGAAGGAGUAAAAAGAGUUUUAAAUCCAAAAGCGAAUUCUCCUGUAUCUAGCUAUGUUGAUGUAAAAGGAAUUAGAAAGCUUCUUAAGACUCCUCAAUCAGUUUCUUCACUAGACAAAGUGCAAGAUGAACUAGUUGAUCUUACAGCAGUAAAAAGAGUUUUAAAUCCAAAAGCAAAUUCUCCUCUAUCAAGCUAUGUUGAUGUAAAAGGAGUUAAAAGACUUCUUAAAACCCCUCAGCAAACUUCACCUAUUGCAAAUUACACAAAUGUUGAAGGUAUUAAAGAUUUAUUUAAAACAUCACCUGUUGCUGAUUACACAAAUGUACUUGGUGUUAAACGAAUAUAUGGUGCACCACCUGAGCCUAAUUACAUGAAUGUAAAGGGUGUGAGACGAAUUUUUAAAGAAUCUAAAUCUCCAAAUUCUCCUGAUGUGACAGGUGUUGAAGUGCUCUUUGAUUCACCCAAAAAAGGAAUGGAUGAAUUUAAUCAACCAUCAACAUGUAAACCUGUUGGAAUGGUGCCUCCCAUGUCAAGAUUGAAUUCUAACUUGAAAAAUGUAAGUGGUAAUGAAACGGUUGAAAAUACUGAAUCUGUACCAGCAGUAGUUGAACACAUUGCUACAAGAAGAAAUAAUACAAGGCAAAACAAAAGCUUAACAUCACAUUUAGCUGUAGAAGACACAAAUCGGAAUGAGAAUGUUCCAUCUGUUAGAACAAGGAAAACUAGGCGUAAAGAACAUAUUCAAGCAGAGUAUAAAGAAGUUCAAACACACAAUUUGGAGGAGAUCUCUAAAGAUGAAGAUAAAACUGAAGAGAUUGUUACACAGCGCACUACUAGGGGUAGAAAACCUCAGCAAUCAAAAACUAAUGAUGAACAGUUAGAUCAACCUACAAAACAUACUUUAGAAAAACCAAAAGCUGUUGGGAGGAGAGGCAGACCACGUAAAAAUGUUAAUAAUGAUGAAAGUAAAAAAGAUAUAAGUACAGUAGUAGAAGAACAGCAUUUAGUUAACGAGAAAAAUGAAUUACAUAAAGAACCAUCUUCAACCCAGGUUGAUGAAGUGGUAAUAACACAAGAUACAGCUCGAGGAAGAAAAACUCGUAAAACUGUGGUCAGUAAAAGACUUGAUUCAUUUAAACAAGAAGAUGAUAUUGAAGAACAGGGUGUAUUAAAACUAAUUAACAAGGAAAUUGAACUACCCAAAGAAUCAUCUCCAAUCCGGGUUGAUGAAGAUGUAAUAACAAAGAGUACAACUCAAGGAAAAAAGAAUUCUAAAAUUGUGGUCAGUAAAAGAUCCCAUUCAUCUGAACAAAAACAAGGAGAUGAGGCUCCUUCACAUCCUAUAGGUAGGAGAACUAGAGGAAAACCAGAGGUACCUAUUUACAAGGAAGAAAAUAAAAGUAUUCUUUUAGGAAAGAGAAAAGCCAUUUCUAAUCAUGUGGAUACCUCAGAUAAUCAGAGUCCUAGAAAAAAAACAAGGGGAGUAAAGCAAAAAUCAAAGGAGUCAGAAGUUGAAGUUUUACAAAUAGAUGAAUGCCAUUUAAGAAAUAAAACAAAUUUAAAAUCAAAAGAAGCUACAGUAAAUAAAAAAUCUUCAGAGAAAAUAAGAAAAUCACCAGGUUCAACUAGAACUGGCAGAUUAAGAAAAGAUCCAGUAGAAGAGGUACAAGAAAAAUCAAAAUUAGGGAUUGAAAUUUCACAUACUGAAGGUGUAUGUCAAUUAGAAAACAUGUUAGACCAACAGCCAAAUAAUUGUGAUGAAAAAAGUAAUUCUCCUGAAAAAACAAGUAAACAGUCACAAGUUAUGUCUAGAAACAGAUCAAGAAGAGAUAAAGUAGAAGAGAUUCCAGUUAAAGCAGUGGAAUCCAAACGAGCUAGCCGUUUAAAACGUGGUAAGGAAAGUAAAUCUGCUGAAAAAGAUAUCAAACUAUCACCGAUAAAAACAAAAACAAGAGGGAAAAAAGUAUGUGAAGAUCAUAAGUUGGAGAUUCCUGAAUCAGUUGAACCGUCAAAACUUAAUAAUCAAUCCUUGGAAGACAAGAAAAGUGAAAAGGUUUCUGAUUCUUUUGAUGAAACUUUGAAAACAUCACAUGUAAAAGCCAAAAAGGUUAAUAAAGGAGUAAAUGUAGAAACUAAAUCCAGAACUGCCACUGAAAUCGUUACUUCAAGAAAUACAAGAAGAGGAAAAACUGAAGUCUCACAUGAAAAUUUAAAGAAAAGGGGAAGGAAAGAAGAGUUGAUAUCAGAAAACAAACUCGCAGCCAAGCUCAAUGAAGAAGUAUUGAAGGAUAGAACAACGGAGACUCCUUCAAGGAGUCGUGGUCAUUCAAAGACUAGACAAGAGAUUCAACAGACAUCAAGAGGUUCCAGAAGAGUGAAAUUUAAUACAUGUGACAAGGUGUUCUCUAUCACGCCAAGCUUGGUUAGACGAUUGCCAUCUAGAGGUGCUCGGGCAUCAGUUACAAUGCCAGAAGAAACAACACAAAAACCAGCCACAGAAAAGAAGACAAGAGGAUCUGUAGCAAAAGCUGGGUCAGCAGUCAAAUUUGCUGUCAAGCGAAAAAGCAUAUCUCCAGUGAAGUCUUCACCACCUAAGAGAAAAUUACGAGGAAGAAAAUGAGGCCUUACAAAACAUAAUGUAUGCAAGAUAAUUAUGCUUACUCAUACUUUAUUGUACAUAUUUGUAUAUUCAAAUGCUUUUAUUGAUAUUUAAAAAAGUUUAUUUAAAGCUGUGUUUGUAUUUCCACUAGUGGUAAAUGGGUUUGUGGUAGUAAAUGUUGAUACAGAAAUAUGCAUCUUUUAAUCUGGAGACUAAAAAACAUUUUUUUUAUGAAUACAAUAAAAAAUAUCUUGUUUUUCUGGUGUAGUGAAUUUAAAUAGCUGUGGACUACAAGUAAAUUAUUGAUUGACCUAUGAUGUUCAAACUAAUUCUUUAGUAUCUAACUGAAUGUUUUGUUCCUAAGCUAUUUUAACCCUCCCUGCCAUUUUUCUUUUGUGUCAGCUAUAAAUACAUGAAAACGGAUUUCAUAACUUUCAGUAUUCAUUAAAAAAAACAAGAUGUAAAUUGCUAUCCAAUUAAUUAUAUAUGAGUUUAAGUUCACAGAUAUUGCUGUUUUCUUCAUUUUCCAGCCGUUAAAUAAUGUUAUCAAAAAUUAUAUUAACUGAUUUCCUCUUUAUUUUAAAUUAGUUUCCUUAGCCGGUUCAUAUUUUGUAAACUUGAUAUUCAUUAUAAAGAAUGGACUCAUAAUUGUAAUAAAAAUUAAAAUAUAUAAUAUUCCUAGAAAAAAUGUCUGUUUGUUACUUGCCAGUUACCUUUUUAAUUGUUUAUAAAUGUAAUAGUCACUGUAAAGAUAGCUGUUGUAUAUUCAUCUAUUUUUUGCUGUAUCACAGCUUAAUACUAUUGUUGUCCAAAUGUUACGCUUCUAGGGACUUCCAUUUCACAAAAUUAAAUCUAUAUAAACAAAAUAAAAUGUGUGCCUACAAAAUGGAAAGAAGAAGAUUAGCCGAUAUUUUUAAAUUUAUAUUAAUCAUUAUUUAAAAUGUAUUUACUUUUGCAUUAUACAGUGGAGCCUGUAUAUAUCGAAUCUCAAGGGAAAAUACAAACCUUCUAUACAUAGAGAAUUUUGAUAUUGUGAGAUUUGGUAUAUCAAGGGUGUUUGGGACAGAUUUCCAUAUAAAGAGGUUUACAACUUCAGUAAUAAUGUAGGCUUGAUUAUGAUUUUAGUGACGCGUACAGUAUUACAGUAUAAAUGGGAACAUGAAAUAAUCAUUGAAAAAGUUAAAUAAAUACAAUAUGUUUGCCAUUGCACCUUUACAUGAAAUAUUGGAAACUUUACCCACGGUUCACUGGAAAUUUGCCUAAAUUACAGUAACGUCCAUAACAAAUAGGGUGGAGUGGUGAUUUACCUCUGGUGACAAUAGAAAACAAAGGAGUGUCAGAGUGGUGAGGGUUUCAAGUCACAAGACAUGAAAAGUACGGUAAUGUACUUUUGUUUGUUGCACUGAUAAACUGAAACAUCGAUAGAAUUUUAUUAAACCUCGUACAGAUGUUAACAGUAGGCAGAGUUAAGGGUAAAAAUUUGAUGUAUAGAGGUAAAAUUAGCAUUGAAGUAAACAUUCUAGAGGAAUGAUAAAACUUCAAUUUAUCAGGGAAUUUGAUAUAUGGAGAUUAGAUAUAUCAAGGUUCCACUGUAAUCACAAGAAUUUAAUUUUAGCAUUUUAAAACUCAGUUUAGUCAUACUUUAUUUAGUCAUCUAUCUGCUGAACAUAAUUCAUUUUAUGAAUAAAAUAUUUUAAUUUACAUAAUAAGUACCAUGUGACCAUUACUGAGUCACACGUCAUACUGUCCUACAUAUAUAAUAGCACUCUACUUACCCUACUUUUUUAAGAGUGAUGAAACAUAUUUUGCAUAUAUUAUUGUGUAUUUAAUUUUAUAAUUUCAAAGUAUAAUCAUAUUUUUUAAAUAAAUUGAUGUCAUGUUAAUCUUAUAAGGCAAUUAAGCAUCAUCUGUAUUAACAGUAAAAGUUGAUGCCAUUAUUUGGUUAUAGUACAAGACAUGUUGCAAGCCUGAACUGUGUGAAAUACACUGUUGUUUAAUGCACUUAUGUCUGUCAUACACAAUUUAAACUUUGCAUCCAUAUAGAAGAUUAGUUUCUUGCUGUAAAAUUAGUAUUUAAAACUAUUGAUUGAGAUUUUUUUUACAUUAAUAAUAAAUAUUAAAGCUAAACUGCCGGGCUUGCAAUGAUAUGUCCUCAUACUAUAGUUAGCUUUAAUGCAGUGUUUUAUCAAAAUAAAAUAAAAUGCACAUUGUAAGAUUUUACAUAUUUUAUUACUGCUCAGUUAAAAAAACCUGAUUGAAAUUCUAUCAUUUGAUCAAAACAGCUUAUUUAUAACAGCUGAAAUCUAAGUGAUUUUUGUAUUCUUUAAAGUCUAAAUGAACAUAUUUCAUAGCAACGAAUAUGAUGUAAUGUUUAAUAAUGAAAAUUAAGGUCUCAAUCUGUUGCUACAAAACAGUGUUUUCUAUAAAACCUUGUUAAGGCAGAAGAAUAUUUGAAUUUUGAGGAAAAUUUGGAAAAAUGUAUUAAAGGCUUGGUAGAUUUUACUAGCGCAGUGUAGUUGUAAUAUUUUUCACAAAUUUUUAUAUUGUUUAAACUCAUUUUUAAGGAAAAUUUUAUGAAUAUUAUUCAACAUUUUCAAUAGUAUUUGUAUUCUUUUGAUGUUUUAAUUAUUUGUAUGCAUUAGAAAGCAUUUGUUGUUGAUUUUACUAAACAAACAUUAUUUUUUGUAAGAUAUAGGUUUCAUAAAAUUGUUUACUGUAGUGAUACUGUAAUAUUUUAGUGCAAUGUAUGUAUGGUUUCCUCCUAACUAAUGUUUCUUCAUUUAUUUAACAAAUUAGUAAUUAAUAACAAAGGUAAACAUAUAUUUUCUAACACUUUUUGCUUUUUAGUAAAGUAUUUUUUAAAUAAAUUGUAUUGCAUAAUUUUGUAAUUGUUGUAUAGUUAAAUAUCAAAUUUUGUUACAUAAUGAUGCAAUAAUAUGUUGACAGUAAUACAAAUUAAAUUUUAAGAAUAUGAUUAUGUGAUAUGUUUAAAUAUUGAAGUACAAUUUUAUUGGAAUAAGAAUUGUAAAACUAUAUGAAAAUAUUAAAUUAGUAUAAACAUCCUGCUUGUACAUAAGUUUUACCUUAACCCCUCCCCCGACCCCUCCCGCUGUUAGUGAAUUAUUUUUUUAAGUAUCUAGUUUCUGAAUAAAAUUCAUUAAUGAAAA